AUGCAAGCACUAUCGCGAGCAGGAUACGUCGGCAAAGAUGAAGCGGCCAAUGGCGACGAUGUUCUGGCUGUGGCUCUUCAGCAGAUUCCUCGACAACAAUCAUGGUCUGGGUGCGCAGUGAACGGCGUUGACCGUGCAUCGUCAAUGUGGAAUCAGUCCGGGUCUCCUAGCUACCUUCUUGCCGAAUGUGCUGACGCGACCACCAAUUUGGUCCCGGACGACAAUCUAUAUGAGUCAAGUCAAGCCUGUUUACAGGAUUUACUCAUGUCAAGACCGAUCACCGGUCCACUUCAAGUUCAAUCUGCCCCUGUCGACGCCUCUGAACCGUCCAUCAGCAUUCGAUAUAAUGAUUGGACUAGCCGCACUGAGCCUGGGUACUUCUCUCAAGGUAGUCCGAUGUGGGAUUUGACGACUGGACCAAAAGGCGCAGAGGUCACUCCCGUACAGCCCCUGUCUAUGCACAAUGAAGUCGAUGAGGAAUCUGUUUGGAGCACUACCUUGAGGGGGCACGAGGCCCAGUACGCUUCAUGGGAAGGUAUGGGGAGCUUUCUAUAG